AUGGCUCAAGGACACCGAAUACGCGACUGGAUCCUAGAUUUCACGCCUAUUGGAUGCGAGGUGAUCAAUGACUGCAAAUAUCAAGUAAUCGAUCUACCGCUCUUAAGUACAAGCUCAGAUGGCGACAGCAGCGUGCCUGUCCCAAGACACUGCAAAAUCGAGCAGGACACCUUUCUAUACCGCCAACGCCUGGCGGACAGGUAUAUGGAACACUUCGGCAAGGCAGAGUCGGGGAAAAAGUAUCUCUUCAAUGAUCUCCCAAAUGGAUACUUUAGCGUUGUGAGAAUCCGAAAUGUGAGUAGACGCGUUGAUCGCUUUUUGUAUGGUCACCCUUCCAAGAAGCGAUUUCGAUCACCGAAUCAAUUCUGGCCACAUUUGCUUUGGUUGAUUGAGUGUGCAGUGAGAAAGGUUGCAGAGUACGACAAAGCAAUGGGGAUUGCGGCCGGAGACGACUUUGAGGAACCUGAGGUUUCACGAACUUGCGACUGUCAGCUCUGUCUUGCUUAG